ACGCUAAAAUUAGGGAAAAACGAGGUCAUUUCGGUAAUUGGAAACCAGCACCCUCACCAACCAACGUAUUCUGUUAGUCACCGCCGAAAACGUUCACCGCCAGAACUGCAUGCCCAUGGCAACGGUGUCAUCCACCUCCAUCGCUCUCGCCGGAACAACCGCCGUCAAACCUCUCUCACUACCCAAAAUCAACCGUAGCAGAGUCACUAAUUUCCACUCCCCAAAACCCCACCUCAACAGAAUCCAAAUUGCAUUCACCACUUCAACUUCACCUUCACCUUCACCUUCUCCCCGUUCCCUUCCCCUCCUUCGCGUUUCUUCCAACGAUGCUCACUUCAAUUCCGCUUCCGAAGAGAACCAACAACAACAACAACAACAACCGAGUUUCACAGAGUUCAUCACUUCCGAGAGAGUCAAAGUGGUGGCCAUGCUCGCUCUCGCCCUCGCUCUCUGCAACGCCGAUCGCGUCGUCAUGUCCGUCGCCAUCGUGCCGUUGUCGCUCGCCAAUGGAUGGACCCGCGCUUUUGCCGGAGUUGUUCAGUCAUCUUUCCUUUGGGGGUAUUUGGCUUCGCCUAUAGCUGGAGGGGUGUUGGUGGAUAACUAUGGUGGUAAGGUGGUGAUGGCUUGGGGUGUGGCUUUGUGGUCACUCGCUACUUUUCUCACUCCUUGGGCUGCUGAGACCUCCCUUUUGGCUCUUCUUGCUGUUCGUGCUUUGCUUGGUGUCGCGGAAGGAGUUGCUCUUCCUUCCAUGAAUAACAUGGUUGCUAGAUGGUUUCCUCAAACUGAACGAGCAAGGGCUGUUGGAAUCUCAAUGGCUGGAUUUCAGUUGGGAUGUGCAAUCGGGCUUACGCUCUCUCCCAUUCUCAUGUCGCAAGGUGGUAUAUUUGGUCCAUUUGUGAUUUUUGGGUUGUCUGGGUUUCUUUGGGUGUUGGUCUGGCUGUCUGCAACAUCAAGCACUCCUGAUCAGAGUCCUCAGAUAUCAAAAUAUGAGCUGGAAUAUAUACUAAAUAAAAGGCAAAAAUCCUUUCCUGUGGAGGCAGCUAAACCCAAGAAAGUUAAAGUGAUCCCUCCUUUCAGGCGCCUGCUUUCAAAGCUGCCAACAUGGUCUCUAAUCAUUGCAAAUGCCAUGCAUAGUUGGGGUUUUUUUAUUGUUCUUUCUUGGAUGCCCAUAUACUUCAACUCAGUGUAUCAUGUGGAUCUCAGGCAUGCAGCAUGGUUUAGUGCUGUUCCAUGGGCUGUGAUGGCUAUCAUGAAUUACCUUGCUGGCUUGUGGUCAGAUAUGAUGAUACAAAGUGGCACAAGUGUCACAUUGACUCGUAAGAUUGUGCAGUCCAUUGGUUUUGUUGGUCCUGGACUUUGCCUCAUUGGUUUAGCGACAGCAAAAAGCCCCAUGAUUGGUUCUGCUUGGCUUACAUUAGCCUUUGGCCUGAAAUCUUUCAGUCACUCGGGUUUUCUUGUGAAUCUUCAGGAGAUUGCACCACAAUAUUCUGGUGUUUUACAUGGAUUGUCAAAUACUGCUGGAACAUUGGCUGCUAUAAUUGGAACAGUUGGAGCUGGCUUUUUUGUUGAGCUAGUUGGUUCCUUCCCAGGAUUUCUGUUGCUUACAUCACUCCUUUACUUUCUUGCUGCUAUUUUCUACUGCCUAUUCUCUACUGGAGAAAGAGUGAAUUUUGAUGAUCCUGUUGGCUGACAGUGCUGGCACUACAGUGUAAAGUACAGUUCAAUUUCUUGUAUAUGAAAGGUGAUUAACUGAAGAAUGACAGAGAUGGUUUGCUUAUAUAUCCUAACGGUAAUGCCUAUAAAAGAGGUACCAACGGUCUACCAGGUGUAAAAUCUGUUCUGCACAGUUUGUUUAUCACUUUUUUGCUUUCCCUUAUUCAUUAGGAGUCUCUGUUUUGGAUGCAUUUCGGGUUUCUAAGUUUUCUCGGGUGCAGUGUGUGUAUUUUUAAAAUGAAACAAGAAGAAAGGAUCCGGUAAUAAGGUUUCUUUGUUGUCCUUGCUGUUCAUGGAAUCCAUUUGGUGUGUAGCACACUCUAGUCUAGCUCGAACAUGCUUCUUCAGCCAACAUCCUUGGCUUGGCAGAGUCACUGGCAAAUGUCUCCGGUAAUCGCUGGCUCAGUUAUCAGUCACUUCCUUGUGAGUGUCAAAAUUGAACAUGGCAAGGUUAUGUACAAAUUUUAUAUUUAUCUCUAUUUUGAUAGACACAAAAUUUGAAUGUAACUUCAUAUUCAUGAAAAAUAUAUUUCCUUAUUAUGACUUUGCUUCGGCUUCUUUCCUUCUAAAUUUUGGCUGUACUUGAGUAUAGAUGGAAGUGGAAGUUUAGGAGUAAAAUAAAAUUGCUUGGGAUUUAGUAAAGUUUAGAUGAAAGAAAACUCGAAUGUUUUAAAAAUUAUGUUUGAUUAUUGAGCCAAUGGAAUUUUUGAUAUAUGGAUUAAUGAUUCAAUUUUAG